AGGACAAGAGAAAGCUUUGCGAGAGGGACACGGCUGGCCAAUCAGGCGCCUCCCUGCUGGGACGCGCCUGGAGGUACCCGUGGGGCUGCAGUUGGGACAGGAGAUUUCUGGAUCUACCCCGGGGAGAACGUGGUGGGGCGGCUGCCGAGCUGCCGGGUCUGCCUGCCGGCCCCCUCGGUCUCCAAGGCCCACGCAGUGAUCGAGGUCCCAGCGCCAGGCGGGCCCCACCUGCUCUACGACCGGGGCAGCCUGAACCGGACCCGGCGCCAGCGCGGUGUCCUGCUGCCCCACGUCCGCUACAGCCUGGAGGAUGGAGACACCCUCAUGUUUGGGGACGUGGGCUGCCAGUACUUCCUGCUGCCACCGGGGGGCGCCGACCCCGAGGACUCUCUGGAGGUGCCACCCACCCAGCCCCGGGCUCCCAACACCCUGGCCAUUGAGGAGACCCCUGUGCCCAGCAAGAGGAUGGGCUAUGGGCCCCUGCUGGCCAGGGACUCUGAGGAUGAGGAGGAGCUGCAGGGCAGAGGAAGGCUCCUGCACCUGCCAGGGAGCAAUGGCUCUGACUCCUCUUCUGACACUGGCGUCCGUUCCGACGCAGCCGUCUCCUCCCCGGGCGCAACCGUGGUGCCGGAAAGCGACGAGGAAGGUAGUGAGAUCCCUGAUGCCCUCUGCCCCUCCCUGCGCCUGAGCUACGGCAGCGAGCGGUCCCCCGGCCCGCCGGAGAACGGAGUCGCUGCCCUGGGUACCGAGCAGCCCAGGGCCACGGGGGUGGUUGGGACGGACCCGGAGCCUGCGCUGGCCGCCUGCCACUUGGUCAAGGGGCCUGGCCACACGGGCAUCGCCUUGGGCAUGGGGCCGGGAGCAGCUGUCAGGGGCCUGGGGAACGGUUGCCCUGCUGCGGUGGGCAGCGUUACAGAUGUGGAGGAGGAGGUACAGCAUCCAGAUGUUGUGCAGAAGAACCAUGGACUUGCUCUCUUGGGGGACAGCGAUACAGAUGAGGAGGAGGCUAUGGAGAAUCUAGAUGUUGUGGAUCCAAAGUGCCACCCACCUGCCAUUGAGAUGGGCAGUGAUACAGAUGUGGAGGAGGAAGCAGCACAGAAUCCAGAUGUGCAUCCAAAGGACCAUCAGCUUGCUGGAAAUGGGGACAGCGAUACAGAUGUGGAGGCACCACUGGAGAAUCCAGAUGUACUGCAAGGAAUGAAGAGCCAGUCUGCUGCCCCUGGGGACAGCGAUACAGAUGUGGAGGGGGUUGGUGUGAAUCCAGAUGUGGGUCCAAAGAGCCAUCAGCCCAGCGUUGAGGUGGACAGUGAUACAGAUGUGGAGGAGGAGGCAGCAAAUAAUCUAGAUGUGCAGAAGAACCAUCGACAUACUGUCCCUAGGGGCAGAGAGACAGAUGUGGAGAAUGGAGAUCCAGAUGUGCAUCCUAAGAGCCAUCACUCUGCCAAAAAUGGGGAGAGCGAUACAGAUGUGGAGGAGGUUGCAGAGAAUCCAGAUGUUGUACAGAAGAGCCAUCAGCCCGCCAUUGAGGUGGGCAGUGAUACAGAUGUGGAGGAGGAGAAAACAGAGACUCCAGUGGUUGUACAGAGCAACCAUCAACUUGUUUCCCCAGGGGGCGGAGAUGCAGAUGUGGUACGGGUGGUGGGAAAACCAGAUGUGCGACAAACGAACAAUGAGCUUGCUGCCCCUGGGGACAGUGAUACAGAUGUGGAGGAAUCUGAUAAAAAUCCAGAUGUUGUCACUGCAAAGAGCCAUCCCCUUGCUGUUGAUGUGGGCAGUGAUACAGAUGUGGAGGAAGAGGAGGCAAAGAAUCCAGAUGUUGUAACGAAGCAUCAACAUGCUCUCCCUGGAGACAGAGAUACAGAUGUGAUGGGGACAAUGGGGAAACCAGAUGUGCAUCCUACGGGCCAUCGGCCUGCAGAAAAUGAGGACAGCGAUACAGAUGUGGAGGACUCUGUGGGGAAUCCAGAUGUUGUACAGAGGAGCCAUCAGCCCACCGUGGAGGCAGGUGACGAUACAGAUGUGGAGGAGGCUGAGGAGAAAUCAGAUGUUGGACGACAAAGCGACCCUUUGCCUGUUGCCACUGGGGACAGCGAUACAGAUGUGGAGGAGAAUCCAGAUGUUGGCCAACAGACGCUCCACUUGCCUACAGCCAGUGGAGACAGCGACACAGAUGUCGAGGGGGCUCCCGGGGUAGAGUUCGAGCAGGAGCCAGGUCCUGUGGGGGGCCCAGCCCAGGCGGGUGGGGAGGAGCCACCUGCUCCCCAGUCCCAUGUCAGCCCAGAGACCAAGUUGAUGGACACUGAGGGGAACAAGGAGCCAGCGUGGGGACCAGCCCAGCCUGGAGACGACAGCGAGACGGAUGUGGAGGGUAAAUCUGGGGGAGACAGGCCCUGCGCUGUUGUCCCGGAUGCCUGGGUCCCGUUCCCUGCCCCGGUGUCCGGCUUCCUAGGGGCCACGCAGUGCUACCUGGUUGAGGAGACCCCGUCCUCGGGGGCCGAGGCCGCCAGAACCCCCGCGGCAGCAGAUUCGGGGAGCGGCCUAGAGGAGGAAGCCACCCAGACGUUUGUCUUCAGAUCGCCCCUGCCUGCAAAAGGGUCCGUGAUGUCGCCCCCUGCUGGCCCAGCCCUGCACCCUCCAGUCUGCACCUCUUCAGAGAAGGAGGAGGACUCGGACGAGGAUCUGUACGUUGUGGAGGCGACUCAGUCGUUCUGCGAGGACCCCGGGCUCCACUCGGACCAGCCCACCCAGCCCUUCAUCCCCGAGGAGGACACCCAGCUGCUGCCCCGCCCCCCGCCACCAGGGGGAGCCCUGUCUCAGCCCGCCCGUACCCGCCCCGGCCUCUGAGGGGCUGCUGCUUGGCACCCAGGACCCCGCAGUUGCUCCCCUCAGCCCCAAGGAGGAGUCAGAGCCCCCUGGCGGGGCACUGCCAGCAGGGGGCGCCGGGAGGGAGCCGCCGGAGGAGGAGGAAUCCCAGCCCGUGCGCCUAGUGCUGAGCGCUCCCCGCAGGCCAGCCCUGGCGCUGCAGGGCGAGGGCGGGCGGGCAGGAGCGGAGCCCGGGGGCAGCAGCUCUGGGCAGCGCCUGAGAGGGCAGGGUGGCCCGGAGGCUGCGGAGAGACGGGCGACCCCAGUGGCUGUCGAGGUCACGGGGGCUGGGCCCCACCCCGCAGGGGCACGGCCUGAGGAUGCUGGGAAGGUCCCAGAGGCUCAUCCCAGUCCCUCCACCUCUGUGAGGCGCCGAAGCCUGCGAUCUGCUUCGGUUCCUGCUCCCCCACCGCCAGCCCCUGCCCUGGAGAGGCGGAGCCAGCGGGGUGGGGCGGAGAAGGCCGUGGGGUCCAGAGAGCCCAGCCAGCCCACCCCGGCCGCCCCCCAGCGUAGGGGCCGGCGCCAGCUCUGCAGCCCAGCCGUGUACAUGGAGGCGCCGGAGCCGGGGAGUGUCGAGGAGGCGGAGCAGCCCGGCCCUGUGAAGAGGCCCAGGAGGGCGGUGCGGACUCAGGACCCCCCCACGGAGCCAGAGGCCUCGAGCCAGGGGGCUCCAGGCCGGGCCCGGAGAUCUCGGGGGGCUGCAGGCACGGAACCGGCCCCAGCCGACGAG